GUUAUUGUCGGGUACCCAUUGAGCGAUAUGCUGUUUUCAUCACCACCAAAUUCACAAUCACCUCAAGUUAUCGUAAAGGAAGAAAAAGAAGUGAUCAGAGCAGCUCAUUGCACAAAUGACCAGACAUCGCGAAUUGUAUCUUGGGAUGAUGUGUUGGAUGGUUCGUUUAAAAAGAAGCAUGCCAGAAAGAAAGCAGAAACGGCAACAUCUUUGGAGGAGCAAGUGCAUGUCUGGAACGUGGUUGCCUGUGGUUUUAGCGAUCCUCAAGCUGUCAGAGACUACGUGCUCAAUCACACUGCUGGAGAGUUGGGCAAUUUGUCACUAAUUGGCUCUCCACCAAAGCGAUUGCGCAGGGAGGAGAAGACUUCUGGAUCAGCACCAACGCCUAAGGGUCGCAUGCUGUCCAUGUGGAAUACGCUGCAUGAACACAAGCAUUCAGCAAUCUUCCUUCAUCCGGUAACCGACCGAGAUGCGCCUGGCUAUAGUCGUGCCGUGUUUUGGUAUCUUUAA